AAUGGAACCAUUCUUGUGCUUUGCUCCGUGCACUUUCCCAGGUCGAAAAGGUCCUCACUCGCUUUCAUUUGUCAAGUAGGCAAGGCUAAACUCCAUCCACUCCUCGGACAUGCUCUCGACGGACUAAUCUCGGGUCGCUGUCGUCGGUAUUGCCGAGGGGGAAGAGAUUGCAUCGGCAUCUCAGCUGUUGCAGCUAUAUAAAACACCGUUGAUGCGGCACGAUAACUGUACGACCUGUUGAAUCCUACCCGCCACCAUGUCUUCCCCAAGUGCUAUUUCGCGCAAGUUAUCCAAGGAUUUCCUGUGGGGCUUUGCUACAGCUAGCUUCCAAAUUGAAGGCUCGACGGAUGUUGAUGGACGCGGCAAGUCCAUCUGGGAUGAUUUUGCUCGGACGCCUGGCAAGACGCUAGACGGCAAGAAUGGGGACUUGGCGACUGACUCGUAUCGCCUUUGGAAGGAAGACCUUGAUCUGCUGGUAUCCUACGGUGUAAAAGCAUACCGGUUUUCCAUUUCGUGGUCCCGGAUUAUUCCCCUUGGAGGGCGAAAAGACCCCGUCAACGAGAAGGGAAUACAGUUUUAUUCAAAUCUGAUUGACGCUCUUCUCGCAAAGGGCAUUGUGCCAUUUGUCACACUCCACCAUUGGGAUUUACCCCAGGAAUUGCACGAUCGCUACGGUGGUUGGUUGAAUAAGGGCGAAGUCGUGCAAGAUUACGUUAACUAUGCAAAGAUAUGUUUCCAACGGUUCGGUGACCGCGUCAAAUACUGGCUCACCUUCAACGAACCGUGGUGCAUCGCUGUCCAUGGAUACGGCCGUGGUGUCUUUGCCCCUGGCCGCAGCAGCGAUCGCACGCGCAGCGCCGAGGGAGACUCAUCCCGCGAGCCAUGGAUUGUCGGGCACAACCUGCUUCUCGCACAUGCGCACGCGGUGAAACUGUAUCGCGAGGAUUUCAAGCCAAGCCAGGGCGGCCAGAUUGGCAUCACGCUGAACGGAGACUGGACAUUGCCCUACGAUGAUAGUUCGGAGAAUAUCGCGGCCGCACAACAAGCCAUGGAUGCUGCGAUCGGCUGGUUCGCCGACCCAGUCUAUCUCGGGCAUUACCCGGAGUAUCUCAAGGAGAUGCUGGGCGAGCGGCUGCCCGAGCUCACGCCCACGGAGUUGUCCGUCGUGCUCGGGUCGUCGGACUUUUACGGGAUGAACACGUACACGACGAAUCUCUGCAUCGCGGGUGGGGACAAUGAGUUCCAGGGGAAUGUCAAAUAUACGUUUACGAGGCCCGAUGGAACGCAGCUCGGCACCCAGGCACACUGUUCAUGGCUCCAGGAUUAUCCGCAAGGUUUCCGCCAAUUGCUGUCCUACAUCUGGAACCGCUACCGAACGCCCAUCUACUGCACGGAGAAUGGAUUUGCCGUGAAGGAUGAGAACACCAAACCGGUUGAGGAGGCGCUCUCGGAUCAUGAUCGAGUGCAGUACUUCCGUGGAACGACAGCAUCGCUGUUGGCUGCCGCUAUAGAGGACGGCGUUGAUGUCCGAGGAUAUUUUGCGUGGAGUCUUUUAGACAACUUUGAAUGGGCGGACGGGUACCUGACGCGCUUCGGUGUCACUUAUGUUGACUAUGAGACACAGAAUCGCUAUCCCAAGGACUCGGCACGCUUUAUAUGCCAGUGGUUCAAGGAGAAUAUCGAGAAGGAUGGUCCUACAGAAGUUGAGGGUAUACCUGUUGCUGCGAGCGGCCUCCGCGCCGCUGAUGCGCAUCUCGUGCACGCCGUGAUGGCUUGAUGGUCAAUGGCCACCGUUGAUGAACCCCGUUCUUGGAAUGUGCUGAUAUCGACGGUCAAUGAGAACUCCCCUCCUCUUCCCUAUCUCCGUAUAUGCACCCUGUAAAUUAUAUCGCCGAACAUCGCUGUUAUUUACGCUGUAACCGCGUUGACCGA